AUGGCAGUGCGAGAGGGAGAGGGCGUGCUGAUGAAGGCCACGCUGCUUGUGGAGGGCCUGCAUUGCGUUGCGUGCUCCGAGGCAGUCGAAAGCUGCCUCUCGACCGUGCCCGGCGUCACCCAGGCCACCUGCUCGCUGUUGGAGAAUAGAGCGCAGGCAAGACGUCCCUGCGUCUGUGGCAUGCACUGGCCGGGGCAGAGCGGAGAGGGAGGGGCACCGCAGCGGGUGGAGUAUGACAGCCAGCAGGUGGAGGAUCUGGCAGCCCUGGUGCAGGCGCUGGAGGCCGCGGGCUUCGGCGGGUCGGUGCAGGCAGUGGAGCCCGUGGCGGCGCCGCCGCUGCUGGCCCGCUUCCGUGUGGAGGGCAUGACUUGCAGCAGCUGCUCCUCUGCGGUGGAGAGCGCGCUGGCGGCGCUGCCGGGCGUGCGCCACGCCGCCGUGUCGCUCACGCUGCAGGAGGCCAAAGUGGAGUAUGAUGGGGCGGCCGCCGACGAGGCCCAGCUGCAGCAGGCGAUCGAGGAUGCCGGCUUUGGCUGCUCGCUGCUGGGCAGCGGCGAAGCGGCCAGCCUGCAUCUGGCGGUGGGAGGCAUGGCCUGCUCCUCCUGCUCCACCGCGCUGGAGGGCGCGCUGCGGGGGACGGAGGGCGUGCUGGAGGCCGCCGUCAACCUGCUGACCAGCAAGGCAGAGGUGCGGUACAACCCCGACCAGGUGGGCCCCCGCCAGCUCAUCCAGGUGGUCACAGACCUGGGCUACACAGCGCAGCCCGUGGACGACGCCAGCCACGUGGACGGUGCAGCGCUGCGCGAGAAGGAGAAGCAGGUGUUCAUGUACAUCCCCGGCACCAAGCACCUCAUCGAGCUGGAUGUUGGCGGGUUCAUGCUGGGAGAGAUCAUCGCAUUCGUGCUGGCCACGCCCGUGCAGUUUGUGAUUGGGUGGACCUUCCACCGGGGCGCCUACAAGGCGCUGCGCCGCGGGCGCGCCAACAUGGAUGUGCUGGUCAGCGUGGGCACCAACGCAGCGUACGUCUACUCCAUCAUCUCCAUCGUGGUGAGCCGCGUGGAGGAGGAGUUUGAGAGCCACGGCCUGUUCUUCGAGACAUCCGCGCUCCUCAUCACCUUCAUCUGCCUAGGCAAGUACCUAGAGGCCGCGGCCAAGGGGCGCACCUCCAGCGCCAUCAGCGAGCUGCUCAAGCUGGCGCCCGCCACGGCCAUCCUGUGCAUCGCAGACGAGCAGGCGCGGAGCGGCUGGAGGGGCUGCCUGCCCGCCUGCUGGCCCUGUCCUGCCUCCCCGCGUGGUCAGCCCGGCUCCCCGGCUGCUGGCCAGCAGCAGGCAAGCAGCUGUGCCCGGAGUGACACGCCUGCCGUUGCCACUGGCCCCUUGCCGUCGCAGGGCCGGGCGGUGAGCGAGCAGGAGGUGCCCGUCAGCCUGCUGCAGCGCAAGGACCGGCUCAAGGUGCUGCCGGGGGCGCGGCUGCCGGCGGACGGCACCGUGGCGGAGGGCAGGUCGUUUGUGGAUGAGAGCAUGAUCACAGGAGAGUCGGUCCCUGUGACCAAGAGACCGGGGGACACGGUCAUCAGCGGCACGGUGAACGGCAGCGGCAUGCUCAUCAUUGAGGCGGGGCGGGUGGGCAAGGACACUACGCUGUCGCAGAUUGUGAGGCUGGUGGAGAGCGCCCAGAUGAGCAAGGCGCCCAUCCAGGCCUUUGCGGACCGCCUGUCGGCUGUGUUUGUGCCCAUCAUCAUCGUGGCCGCCUUUGCUACCUGGCUGGCCUGGUAUCUGGGCGGUAUCCUGGGAUCCUACCCCGACUCCUGGAUACCCGCCGGCUCCUCCCCCUUCCUCUUCUCCCUCCUGUUUGGCAUCGCCGUCAUCGUCAUCGCCUGCCCCUGCGCUCUGGGCCUGGCCACUCCCACCGCACUGAUGGUGGGCACAGGCGUUGCCGCCCAGAACGGCAUUUUGAUCAAGUCUGCCGAGGCGCUGGAGAAGUGCUCGGGGCUGGGCACCGUCGUGUUUGACAAGACGGGCACGCUGACGGAGGGCAGGCCCAGCGUGGUGGACUGCUCCGUGGUGGACCCGCAGUGGCCUCUGGACAAGGUGUUGUACCUGGCAGCCAGCGCGGAGAACGGCAGCGAGCACCCGCUGGCCAGGGCCGUGCUGCGCUACGCGGCGCUGCGCCUGGAGGGCGGCCAGGCGCUGCUGGUGCGGGAGCCGGACAGCCCGCAGGGGUCCCGCCAGGGCUCGCAGGCCGCGGAGGAGGCGGCCGGCGCCGAUGGCGGGCUGCAGCCCACCGACAGCAACCUGGCGCUGCUGGCUGAUGCGGCUGCGCCGCCGCAUGCCGCCGCCGCCGAGCCGCUGCCCGGCGACCAGGCGCUGCGCAGCGUGAGCUGGCUGGCUCCCAUCACCGGCUCGGAGGCGCUGCCUGGGCGCGGCGUCAAGUGCUGGCUGGCGUGCCCCACGGCGCGCGUGGCUGGCGUGCUGCCCGCCCUGGUGGCUGGCCGCACCGCCAGCGCCCUGGCCGGCAGCAAGAGCCCCGGCCGGCCCACGGGCGGCAGCCCUGCCAGGCUGGCGCCGCUGCCCGCAGACGGCAAAGGCGCGGCGGGGGCGGCAGCCGAGGCGGGCCUGGCCCCGCUCACGCCGGACGGCGAGGAGGAGGGCGGCGCGCCGGGCGGCGGCGGCGGCGCUGUGGAGGUCAGGCUGGCCAUUGGCAACCGGCGGCUGAUGCAGGAGGAGGGGAUCACGCUGAGCGCUCAGGCACGGCGCGGCAGGGGCGUUGGUGGCGGGCGUGGGGGCUUGUGGCUUGUGCACGAGUGGAUGCGCGGGUAUGAGCGGGAGGGCGCCACGUGCGUGCUGGUGGCGGUGGAGGCGCGCCUGGUGGCGGCCUUUGCCGUCAGCGACCCGCUCAAGCCCGAGGCGCCCGCCGUCAUUGCGGCCCUCAGGCAGAAGGGGCUGCAGUGCCAUAUGGUGACGGGGGAUGGCUGGACCACCGCCCGCUCCAUCGCCUCCCGCCUCGGCAUCCUGGACGUCAGCGCAGAGGUGCUGCCAGCGGGCAAGGCCGAGCACAUCAAGAAGCUGCAGCAGGGCGGCAAGCGUGCGGUGGCCAUGGUGGGAGACGGAAUCAACGACUCAGUGGCGCUGGCCCAGGCCGACGUGGGCAUCGCCAUUGGCAGCGGCACAGACGUGGCUGUGGAGGCGGCUGACUAUGUGCUGAUGAGGAGCGACCUGGAGGAUGUGCUGGUGGCGCUGGACCUCAGCAAGCGCACCUUCCGCCGCAUCCGCCUCAACUAUGUGUGGGCAUUCGGGUACAACCUGUGCGCGGUGCCGAUUGCGGCGGGCGCCCUGUACCCGCCGCUGCACUUCCAGCUGCCGCCGUGGGUGGCGGGCGCCGCCAUGGCGCUUAGCUCUGUGACCGUGGUGUGCAGCAGCCUGCUGCUGCGGCGCUACCGCCGCCCCAAGCCCGCGCUGCAGCAGCUGGUGGCCGGCGACCUUGCUGCAGCAGGCCAGCGCCGCGCGGGCGACGCCCCUGGCGGCGGCGGCCGCCAGCGGCCCGCCAUACGCCAGUGCCAUGGCGGUGGCAUCCUGCCCAAACUCUGGGCUCUGGCAGCAGGGCAGGCCAGCAGUAGCACAGCGGUCAGUGCCAGCAGCGCUGGGCGCCCCUCCAAGACUGCCAUCUGCACAGUGUUUGACUUGGCGGCGAAGAACGAGGAGGUUGCAACAGCAGUGACGCUGGGAAGUGGGACAGGCACUGAGUGCCGCGGGACUGCGGCCCGACACUCGGCCUGCCUUGUUGCGGGCAGCGGCAGCCUGCUGCAGCAGGUGCAGGCGGUGCUGCCCGCCCUGACCUUUCAGGUCACUAGCUUGACGAGCCUGUCCCGCAGCAGCGGGGAGCAGAGGUGGCCGCACGGCGUCAGUGGCGGCGGCGGCGGCGCCCUUGCCCUCGCCGCCAGCAGCAGCAGCAGAGCAGCCGGCGCAGUCCUCAUCCUGCCCGGCCAGCACCUUGUGCAGCACACACAUGCGCUGCAGCAGCACCAGCAGCAGCAGCAGUUGGGGCAGCAGCGACGGCCCAUCUUCAACUUUGCGGGGCUUGGCGGCGACCUGGCCAAGUCUCACCACGAGAAGAAGCUGCUCGGCUGGACCCCGCGGCAGGUGUACGACGUGGUGGCAGCGGUGGAGAACUACAGCCAGUUUGUGCCGUGGUGCCAGCGGUCGGCGGUGCUGGUGCGGCGGCCGCCGGGCUACCUGGAGGCGGAGCUGGAGGUUGGGUUCCAGAUGUUUGUGGAGAGGUACACAUCCAAGGUCACGCUGCACUGCCCCACCGCGGUGCACUCGCGUGUCGACGACUCCACCCUCUUCUCCCACCUCACCAACAAGUGGGAGUUCAGGCUGGGGCCCACCCCGCACACCACCUGGCUCACUUUCGAGGUGGACUUUGCCUUCAAGUCUCCUCUGUACCGCCAGGUGGCCUCCAUCUUUUUCGAGGAGGUGGUGCAGCGCAUGAUGGGGGCGUUUGAGGGGCGCUGCGCCCAGGUGUACGGGCCCUCCUCGCUGCACCGCCGCCCAGGGCCCGCGCAGCACGUGGCAGCCGGCGGCCGCUGA